AUGCGUGUUGAGUUCGGCCUUUGUACCCACGAUCAAAUCGCUCGUCUAUUCUCACAUUUUUACCCAAUUCGUGUGCACAAAACGUCCAUCGAAGCCAGUCAACCAGCACCUCUACAUCCUCUAGCUUGGAAUUUUUCCCUUAAGAUUCCACCAAACUCGGUCAGCUCUGCUCAAAUCCAAGGCUUCCUCUUGAUGCACAAAGAUGAUUCAGAAGGGGCACUUCAUGACGUUGCUCACUUCGUGGAAGAACUGAGUCAUAAACCAGUUUCAUUAACUCAAUAG